GGAAAAGGCUUCAAAUUUGCUUGACAGAGAUGUAUAUAAAGACAAAAGAAACAUUUUGAGUAUGGUUUCCAUGGCAGACAUUUUUUAAAAAUGGCCGCCAUGACAUGAUAUCAACACCUUAAGAUUCCAAUAGAAGUACCUGGUAAUUGGUCGACAUGGAGCAGCUGGUCUUCCUGUGAUUCUUCUUGUGGAUUAAGUACAAAAUCAAGGUACAGAUAUUGUAACAACCCAGCUCCGCAAAAUGGAGGAUUGCCAUGUGUGGGGCCUUCGACUGACAGCAAGUUAUGUAAUCUAACUGCCUGUCCUGACGGUGUAUGGUCAUCGUGGUCAUUUUGGAGUUUAUGUUCAGCUUCAUGUCUCAGUGGUAUUUCUAAAAGAAUACGGACUUGCAAAAUGCCUGGGUGUUCAACAGUCAUCCCUGAUUGCAUUGGAAGUAGUCAACAGACAAAACAAUGUAAUUCAUUUCCCUGUCCAGCUGUUAUUCGAUUGGUCGAUGGCUCCAACGCUUACGAAGGAAGACUAGAGGUGUAUCAUGAUGGUGGUUGGGGAACAGUGUGCGAUGACGGUUUCAAUGAUAAGGCAGCCACUUUAGUUUGCAAAAUGCUUAACGUUUCAGGAGCAAUACCAAAAGUAUAUACUGGCGGGCAUUUUGGAGCAGGAUCCUUACCAAUCCUAUUAGAUGAUGUUACCUGUGAUGGAACCGAAAAUAUCUUGUUCGACUGUCGACACAGUACAUGGGGAACAAACAAUUGCGGUCACGGCGAAGAUGUGGGCGUGUCUUGUUUUGCAAGUAUAGAAGCUCGUCUUGCCGGAGGAAACUCUUCACAUACUGGACUUGUUGAGGUAUCUGUCGAUGGUUCGACGUGGGGAACAAUUUGUGAUGAUUCUUUUACAUCGAAUGGUGCUAAAGUUGUUUGCCGGAUGCUUGGAUACCCCUCAUCAAAUGCAAGCGCUUAUACCAGUCCCCGUCAUGGGAGCGGACAGAUAUUCUUAGACGAUGUUAAUUGUGUUGGUACUGAAAGUACUUUGGAUCACUGCAAACACUCCACAUGGGGAGUAAAUGAUUGCACCCAUUCAGAGGAUGUUGGCGUCAUAUGUGCAUAGACUGUUUAUCUGUUAUAAAAUCGAGAAAAUAUCUGUGGAUGUUUAUAAAUAAAACCAAAGUCAAG